UUGGAUUAGUAUAAAAGGGACUCAAACAUUCAGAAAAUAUAACUAAUUGUUACAGUUGAAAAUAAUCCUAAAUACUACUCGUGCGCUAUUAUUGCUUCUCCUUUAUCCUCGAUCGUUAAGAUGUCGCAGAUUAACGACUCUGAGGAAGUGAAGCAUGAUAUUAGUUUGGCAAACGCUUACGAUCCAUGGUGUAAUACUUGCUUCAGAUAUAAGGAAGCUGGAGAAACAGGAUGUCUGAACCUUGGUGAUGGCCGACAACUUUGCUCAGAUUGUUCUUCUAUAGCGGUCACGAAUUUAGAGGAAUGCAAUUUCAUAAUCCAAAAUGUGUUUGAAUUCUACAGAAUCUUAAAUCUCAAAGUGGAUGAAAAAAUUCCCAUCUUCUUCGUCGACAAGAUUCAAAUGAGCAGAAUAUCUCAAGAUGGUACAGUUGCUAUUUUCAUUCCAAGAAUAUCGGCUUACUUUACACCGUCAACGGCUUGCAUACCAUUACGAGUUAAAAUGAUGCUUAUUUUAGCUAGAUUUAUUAUACGCAGUAUUCAAACGAUAGAAAAAUAUUCGGGAAGUGGAGGUGGAAUUAAAAAGGUUGUGAAGCUCCCACUAGGAGAGGCAAUUGUACUUUUGUUUGGAACACCAGGUAUAGAAAUGGGAGCAACCUUGGCACAUGAGAUGAUGCAUGGAUGGUUCCGCCUUCAAGGUAUGCCAUUGGGAUGUGAAAAUAGGACUGAAGAAGGUAUUUGCGAAGUAAUGUCUUACAAAUGGUUGCAGUGGUUUUCUUCCAGUGGUCUUGAUACCUCGCACAAAACCAUACAGCAAGUUCAAUAUACAAGAAAGCUGAAAGAGUUCUUAGUAGAAGAAAUUCGGUGUCGAGAAGACGAAGUUUAUGGCCAAGGAUUCAGAGAUGCUAUGCAUGCUGUUGAAACAUUUGGCUUUAAAACCACACUAGACCAUGCCGUUAAAAAUGGAACUCUACCACUACCUAUGAUGGAUAGUACACGCUCCACUGCCACAGCUGCCGCCGUCACCACUACCACCAAGAAGUUAAUAAGAAAGAAUACCAGUGCCACCCCAAUAACUCGGUUAUUAUGGAAGGCGACCAGCAAUACAACCAAAUCAUUAUGGAAGGCCACAGCUGCCGCAAUAACUGACUUAUUAUGGAAGGCGGCCACCACCUACGAAACGCCGCGGUUUAUUAUUAUGGAAGGUCACUGCCACAACCAAUAUCAUCAAGGGCAAAGCCAUAAAAACUUACAAGAAGGCAUGUCCUUGUCCCCUAUGCUCCUUGUAUUUAUUGGUAUACUAAUUGAACACAGGUGACAAUUAUAAGCAAACUAGCUAACAAGUUCAAUUUUUUAAAAGAAGAUUUGUUUAUUAUCUUUUCUAUAGUGAGGAAGAUUUUAUAGAAAUCUUUUAAAGCAAC